AUGGACACACUUACUCAACGGCCAGCACGCACUACAGCUGGCAAAACAUCUAAAUAUGCUGAUUUUUCAGUUGUUUCGUUUCCUCAACUGAAAAAGCAUUCUAUUGUCAAGGCAUCCUUAAUUAAUUUCGAUCCACUGAGUACUUUUGGAGUUCAAGCUGGUAAUAUCAAGGCUUAUGGAGAAAGAAAAAAAUUACUAGUCAUUAAAACAGGUGA